ACGGGUAGCGCCGCCGGGACGGCAGCGGGCAUAUGGCGCUGUGGCUGCCGCGCUCCCGGGACGGCGGCGCCCCGGAGGAGGAGGACGAGGAGCGGGCACAGGCUGCUGCCUUCCGCCAGCGCUUGCCGGAGGUGCAGACAUACAGCGAAGGGAUUGAAUUAGCCUGCCAAAAAGAAAGAGAAUUUGUGAAGCACUCUGUAGAAUGCACAUGGAACCUAGCAGAAGCCCAGCAAAAAUUUGGUAGUUUAGCACUGCAUAAUUCAGAAUCCUGUGAUCAGGAAUCUGCUCAAGCAAGGACAGAAGCUGCUGAGUUGAGAUGGAGAGAGGAAGAGUGGAGAAGAAAAGAAGAAGCACUAAACCAGAGAGAACGACAGAAUCUAUGGAACACAGAUCCUGUUAGUAAAGAAGUUUUUAACAAGAGUUUUAUUAAUCAAAAAAGAAAAGAAAUUGAAGAUGAAGCUGUGUCUGAACCACUUAUGCAAAAACAUGAACAAAAGAUUAGACACUUUGGUAUGCUGAGCAGAUGGGAUGAUAGUCAAAGGUUUCUGUCUGAUCACCCAUACCUUGUAUGUGAAGAAACAUCUAGGUAUCUCAUGUUGUGGUGUUUUCAUCUAGAAGCUGAACAGAAAAGAGCUUUGAUGGAGCAAGUAGCACACCAAGCAGUUGUAAUGCAGUUUAUUAUAGAAAUUGCCAGAAGCUGCAAUGUGGAUCCAAGAGGGUGUUUUCGUCUCUUUUUCCAAAAAGCCAAAACAGGAGAAGGCUACUUUGAAGCCUUUAAGAAUGAACUUGAGGCAUUCAAGACAAGAGUGAGAAUCUGGUCACAAUCACAUGGCUUUCAAACUAUGUUACUCCAUGAUCUCAGUGUCAGUCCUGGUUGUGUGGGAGAGUGGACAUCUUUUUUACAGAACACGGGAGAUCUACAAGGUUCCAUAAACACAGAUGUCUGCAGUUUCAACUCUGUGAUACAAAGAGAUGAAGAAGAAUCCAAAAUGAUGGACACAUUAUAGUACUUUCAAGACUGAGGCCAAGUACUUUUUUUUUUUUCUUUUCUUUUCUUUUUUUUUUUUCUUUUUUUUUUUCUUUUUCCUUUUUUUUUUUUUUUUUCCCCAGAGAAACAGACAUGGCUAUUUUCUUGACACUUAUUUUUCUGGGUACUGCACUUUAUUUUUUUUGUCAGAUUUUUGUUGGUUUUUGUUGGAGUCCAGGCAAAAAGACUCUAAAACCACCUGAAUGUCGGGGAAAGUCACCGACAGGUUUUGUUUGAUUUGGGGGGAGGGAGGGACUUUGAAGCGUGGGUAAUUAAGAAAAAAAACUUGUAAUAUUGUUUGAAAUGUGCUGCUAGGUUUUUAGUUGUCCUUGAAGAGCAGGGUUCUUUUAUUGCCGAAUGUGAAACUGGAUGUGUUUUCUGCUACUAACCUUGCCUUUCAUGAUUUUAGAAAUUAAACAUCUGCACAAAUACAAUGUUUACAAGAAGCAGCAGGUUCUUGGUAGAAUCUGCUAUUGUCUUACUACAGAUGUGGAUAUGUUUUACUAUGAAUAUUGGAGAUUGCAACUGUGUUCAUGCUACCUUGCUGACAGUAUAAGCUCUCAAAUUUGGUUAUCACUAAUAGCAAUAAAUUAGUAUCUGGUAUCAGUAUUUCUGAUCUGAAUGGAUUGGAUUAAAACACUGGCUUUCUACCUCUACUAUGGGGAUUUAAAUGUUAUAUUGUACUUUCAUUAAACGUAACUUGGUUUAAUCCUAAGAUAUAAGCAACACUUGUCUACAACUGAGUGCUGAGUUGGAUGAUUUCUGGGAGUCUAAUUCUCUUCUUGUUCAUCAGGCUAACUUCAGAUUUUUUUUUUAAACCAAGUCUUGUUAUGGUAGGAGUAGUUGAUGAAGGGAACUUGUACAAGGAUUAGGCUAAGACCUCAGUUUAAACAAAAAGCUUUGGUCAUACAGGAUGAGGUGUCAUGCAGUGUUUGAGAGGCACUUCAUAUGCUACUCAACCAAAGUGGAUUUCUGACAACUCAGACAUUAAGUGGAAGACCAUUAAAAGCUUCUUGUUUAAGAA